UGACAUUUUGCACAUCGCCAUUUUCCACUGCUGCGCCGGUGUACACCAUAGGGCAAAUUCGUGACUCCUUCCUUCAGUCCGUUUUUAGUCGUUCGUUAAUAUACAGCUAAAUAUUGUCCUCUUUGUUUUAGUUAAAGAGAAACGAUUUAAAGCGAAGCGGCUACAGUAGUUUUACUCUAUUUUGUUGUUCCUGUGAGCGAGCAAGAAUGUCCGAAAGCCCCGAGUACUCUCCGUUCUUCGCAGUGAUGGGUGCAUCUGCGGCUAUGGUGUUCAGCGCCUUGGGAGCGGCGUACGGGACGGCUAAGAGCGGCACGGGCAUCGCCGCCAUGUCGGUCAUGAGGCCGGAGCUGAUCAUGAAGUCCAUCAUCCCGGUGGUCAUGGCCGGAAUCAUCGCCAUCUACGGCCUGGUGGUGGCGGUGCUGAUCGCCAACGACAUCUCCGCUACCAUCUCGCUCUACAAGAGCUUCCUGGACCUGGGUGCAGGUCUGAGCGUGGGUCUGAGCGGGCUGGCGGCUGGCUUUGCCAUCGGCAUCGUGGGAGACGCCGGGGUGCGGGGCACGGCGCAGCAGCCCCGGCUAUUCGUGGGGAUGAUCCUCAUCCUGAUUUUCGCCGAGGUGCUGGGGCUGUACGGGCUCAUCGUGGCCCUCAUCCUCUCCACGAAAUAAAGGGGGGCGGGCGUCGCCGAGCAGAGAAACAAAAUAAUAAUGACAAAAACCAACUAAAAAAAAAAAAUAAAAAAAAAUAAAAAAAGAAAGAAAAUGUUAAAAACGAAAAAAAAAAAAGAUUAAAUGAAAUCACACAGUAAUUAUGGUCCUAUCUCCAAAACGUGUACAGUUGUCUCAGUUUGGUAGUCAACCUCUUGUAAAUGAGCAAUGUACGUUAGUGAUUUGUCUGUCAUGUGUACGUUUAGAUAUACGAAAAAAAGGUUUCCGGUCUUUUAUUUUUUUUGUUUUUUUUUUGGUCAUUGAUCUCCCUGUGGUGGACAACUGACAAGAUGCAUCUUUUUUUUUUUCUUUUUUUUUUCCCAUUUUCGGUUUCGUUUUUUUUGUUUUGAGACAGUUUCCAAAUCAAUUUCCACACUAAUGUUGAGGAACUAUCUGUAAUAAGACAACAUGGAAAUGGUUUUGUUUUUGUUGUGUGUUUUUCACAGCUUUUAUUUAUAAAAUUUUGAAUUGUUCAUGAAACUGUUUAAAUGGAGCAAAGUCUUUUGAAUUCCAUAUAAAAAAAAUAUAUCUGUGUAUAUGUAGAUUUAUUGCACUGUGGGUAAUUGUUAUAAGUGCUUGGAAUUCCUCUGGAUGUGAUAACUGGUUAAGUGGAGAUUGCCUUUUUGUGUCCAGAUGCUGGAGUGGAAGUGUGUGUGUGCCUGCGUGUGUGUAUUUUAAUUAUUCUGACAUUCUCAAAACACUUGUAACAUGUUUUCCUGUAGUACAACUGUUUGAUUGCAUUGAAGGUGUGUGUGCCCAGUGCUGGGCGUCACAGGUCCAAUUUCCAAAUAAAUUUCCUCAACUUAAUUUUUUUUUUCUUUUCUUUACUUCUGCUUUUGUGGGCGUCUGUGCAACAUCACCGGGGUUUUUUAAUGGAUAAAAGGAAAAUCUCACCCGCAAGACCAGACGUCCAAUGUUUUAAUCUUUUUCUGUCAUUGUGCAAUUAAACGAUGUGUACAAACUUG